GAGCCCCGACACCGAUAUUUACCCGUCCAGUAAUGUGGGCUUUAGGAUGAUAUGGGUUCGGCGGAGGAUGUGACAGCUGUCCGCGGGUAUCAUGAGGAUAUUAACGGCGUCCGGGCUGUUUCUGGCCUUCUGUUCCAUCGGGCUCUUGAUUAUGGCCAUCAGCACUGAUUACUGGUAUGAGACAGAUGCGCGGAAACACAGGGACCGAUGCAAGAAAUACGCCAGUAAGAGGAACGACCCGGGAUACAUCUACAUCUCAAAUUUAAACCUCCCUCUCCGGAUGCGACCGAAAGGAGCCGAUGUGAUACAGCCGAAACCCGCAGCUCUUCUGCGGGAAUCCCUCAAGCCCGAGCCCGUCAUGGAGUCGCGCUGCAGCCGCCACUACAACUCAACCACAACCGGAUUAUGGAGGAGAUGCCAUCGAGAAGGCUUCGACCUGGAGAAUGAAGAUCUGAUAUUUAAAGGUUUGCUUCAGCGCUGUACGCCAGUGAAGUAUUACUACUCCUCGGCCAGUAUCCCACGAAAUCUGCCUUUGAACAUCACCAAGACUAUACGACAAGACGAGUGGCACUCUCUUCAUCUGCAGCGGAUGACGGCAGGUUUUAUAGGUAUGGCCGUUGCUAUCAUUUUGUUUGGCUGGAUCAUCGGUGUGUUGGGCUGCUGGAAAAACAAUGAGCUCAUGCAGUAUGUGGCUGGACUGCUCUUCCUUAUGGGAGGUACCUGCUGUAUCAUAUCUCUGUGCACAUGUGUGGCUGGUAUUAAUUUUGAGCUGUCGCGGUACCCGCGCUAUCUGUACGGCCUGCCAGAGGACAUCAGUCACGGCUACGGCUGGUCCAUGUUCAGCGCAUGGGGUGGCCUGGGUCUGACGCUGCUGGCUGGGUUUCUGUGCACGCUAGCACCUUCUCUCCAAAGUCCUCAGAUCACUACCACCACCACCAUACACAAACCGCGACAAGAGAACGGCGUAGUGUGACACCAUACCCUUACACACUCCUGCGAAAAUGCAUAUUAGCAAAGACUAAAUCAUACCGAUGUAGACAAGUGUC